AUGGCGCUUGAUGAUCGACAUCCACGUGCAGGCAUUGUGAAUUUUUAUUGACGUAGGAAGUAAGUCUUAAUCAUGAAGAGGAAAAGAAAUGAACCGAUGAAAAUAGGCAGUGACAACGAUUUUGAAAAAGCUGAGAAGAAUGGAGAGACAGAUGCCAGUGAAGAUGAUAGUGAAUAUUUAGAAGAUGAAGAUGUUAAAGAAAUACUGGAGGAAGAUGGUCAGGUUUCAAACUCUCUGGAAGAUUCUCGCUUUGAAGAAAGUACUAAACCACCCAAGAAAUUAGGAAAACUGAGCAAAGAUGAGCUUUUUAAACCACCAUCCAGGGAUGAACUUAACAACCUGAAAGAAGCUGAAACAUUAUUUCAUUCUAGUCUUUUUAAGAUGCAGACUGAGGAACUGCUCAAAGAAGUAAAAGUUAAACCAAAACUGAAGAAAAAGUUUGAACCAUGGCUUCAUGCUCUUAAGGAAUAUCUUUCUCAUCUGAAAGAGGAGCCAGCAUAUGAGCUGAGUGAUUUGUCCUGGCUAAAAAAGAAGAAUGUCAAAGUUCCUUUAGUUUGGGAACCACAAGAAGCAAAGGGAAAGUUUUGUUUUUUGCCUCCUUCCAAUAUCAGAAUAGUGGGAAGUUAUUUACUAGACUUGGUAUGCAGACCAAAUGUGACAAUUGAUGUAGCUGUUGAAAUUCCAAAGGAAAUGCUUCAACAUGGGGAUUUUCUUAAUCACCGAUAUUGUCGUAAAAGAGCUCUCUACCUAGCCAUUUUAGCUUCAACAUUGAAGAAGAGUGAAUUAGUAAAAGAGGUUUCGUUUACAUACAGUCAUGGCGACCCAAGAAAACCAUCUUUGCUUAUCACUCCAAUGGACAAACCAUUCACCGUGUGCUUGCUUCCUCAUCCUCCCAUGGAGUACUUCAAACUGUCAAGGUUUUUACCAAGGAAAAACAAUGUCAGGCCUUCUUGGUUUUUUGGAUCGUCCUCUACCCUUAGAGAAGAUGUCCCCACACCGCAUUACAAUGCUAGUGUUUUAAGAGAUUUAAAAAUGGUUGAAAAUUUAGAGUAUUUGUACCAAAAAUUGGGAAGUUCCCCAGGGUUAUGUGAUGCCAUCCUGAUGUUGAAAGUUUGGCUUCAUCAAAGACAUCUGGAUAAGAUACACGGAGGAUUCAGUGGGUUCAUCAUGACUAUGUUUGUGGCAUACUUGUUGAAGGUUCGGAGGGUCAGUUCACUAAUGAGUUCGUACCAGGUUUUAAGAACUGUGCUGCUUUCACUAUCCCAGGCAGAUUGGUGUAGUCAAGGUAUAACACUGUGUAAUGAUGUGUCAGACAGCCAACGAUGUAUCGAAGAAUUCCAUUCCCUGUAUGAAGUAGUGUUUUUAGACUCCUCUGGUUUCCUUAACUUGUGUGCAGAUAUGAGUAAAGAAACAUUUCAACGAGCUGAAGAAUUUCGAGAAUUUUGGGGACACAAAUCAGAACUUCGAAGAUUUCAAGAUGGAGGCAUCUGUGAAGCCGUGUUGUGGCCUGCCAGUAGUACCGCAGACAGAAGAAUGAUUUUCAAACUUGUUGCUCAGUUUGUUCUUGAAAAACAUGCAGGAAUAUCUCCUCAAUUUGUUGAGAUUAUUGGAGGACAGCUGGACCAUCUUCUGACAGUUCCUUGUUCUGCCCUUCCUUCUGAUUGGCCAUCUUAUGGAACAGGUGAAGAAGCUACAAUGGCAGUCAUUCAGAGCUACAGUUCACUGAUGAAGAAACUUCGAAGUGUUGAAGGUCUUCCUCUUUCCAUCACCUCAAUUCAAGGAAUUUCUCCUAUUUUCAGGGGUUGUGAGGUUUUCCCCCCUGUACCCAUUAGUUAUCGUGCGGGAAAGAAGAUGACAUCUCACAAACAAAACUGCACCAUUUUGAAAGGCAAUGUCGGUAUGGCACCAAGUUGGGUCCAACCGCUAAAAGUGGUAGUUCACAUGGAGGGUAGCGGAAAAUGGCCAGAUGAUGUACACGCUAUUCGUCGAGUGAAAGCAGCUUUCCACAUAAGACUUGCGGAGCUGCUGAAGAAACAAUUUUCUCUUACUACUGCUCCAUUUCCAGAAUAUGUGGAUAUUUUCAUGGAUGGGUAUGUUUUUCGAAUUAUUAUCGCAUGUCAUAAGGAGUUGAUUUUAUCAAGACAAGUAAUGACACCAGAAGGCAUAGUAGCUGUGAAAGACACUGAAGAGUCUCAGAAUCUUGAACGACAGACCGUUUUAUUGCCUAAGUUGACCAGCACUUUGCAGGGGCUCCAUGCCCAACACAGCAUCUUUAGCGCAAGUUGUAGACUUGCCAAGCGCUGGAUCAAUUCACAGUUACUUGGAGAUCAUAUCAGUGAUGUUUGUAUUGAAUUACUUGUUUCUCACCUGUUUCUUGCACCCACACCAUUCACAGUGCCUGGGUCACCGCAAGUAGCCUUUCUUAGGUUUUUAUUCUUACUCAGUAACCAUGACUGGCAGACUUCUCCACUUAUAUUAAACUUAAACAAUGAAUUCAAAAAGAAAGAUUUUGUGGAGAUUCAAAAGACUUUCACAUCUCAGAGACCCACCCUACCUCCCAUGUUCAUUGCCAUUCCACAGGACAAGGUGGUCUCCACAUGGACACGACAUAGUCCAUCUACUCGAAUUCUUCACCGUUUGACAAUUCUGGCAAAAGAGGCGUUAGCAACACUAGAGAAACAGCUGAAAGAGUCAUCUGAGAUGGACAUUAGGCAGAGUUUUGGGCAGUUUGUUAACAUGUUGAAUAGUUUCAGGGCAUGGGUUGGUAGGGCUCUGGAUUUUGGAGCUGGCGUUUCUGGUUCGAUUCCAUGUAAUACCACAAAAUAUUCCCCACACUAUAAGCUACAGGUGCAUUACAAGAGUGACAGUCAAUCACCAAGCAUGGAUGAUGGGUGCUGUCGACUGGCUACCUUCCUGCUCAUUUUUCGACCACCGUUGGAUCUGUACGAUGUUAUCAUUCACUUACGCCCACUACAAAUCCCGAAGCGCCACCUAGGAGUUGAUUAUCAAGAAGGAAAGAUUUUGUCAAAAUGUGAACCUUACAAAUACUCUAAGGAUGAAAAGCUGCCAGUAGUUGACUAUGACCCAGUUGUUAAAUAUUUAAAAGAAUUAAACGUAUGCUACAAAGAAUUUGCAUUAUUUUUCUAUGAUCAUUUUGGCGGCGAGUUUGUUGGUGUCCUGUGGAAGCCUUUCGCUUUUGAACCCAAACCUUUCAAGAUCUCUCACAUUGGUGGACGAAUGAUUAAGGGUAGUACUAAAGACGGAGAAGCUAAUAUAGUACCAAAUAUUGAAGCAAUAUUGGAAGACUUCUCAAUUCUAGGGACAGGCCUUGUAAGAUGUAUAGAAACAAAGACUGAAAAAUGGAUGAUAGACUAAACCCAAAUUCUUUAUGUACAGUACGCAGAAUUUAAAAAAUAAAAAUUAUUUGUGAAGUCAA